CCACAGCCUCUCAUUCCUAAUCCUAAUCCUUUCAUUCCAGUUCAUCCCAGCUCUGAAAGCUCCUGGUUUCAGAGAGUGAGAGACAAGGAAAGAGAUGACUCUGAACUUGACUUCGCCAUGGCUCUCUCGCUUCUCUCGCCCCUCGCCUCACGUCUCCGCUCCCGAAAUCUCCACCUUCAAAACCCUCACUUUCUUCGUUUCUCCCACUUCCAAGUCCUUCAGAACCAAAGCUUCCGAAAACGACGUCGCACGCGCCUCCGCUUCGAAGCUCUUGGACGAUGAGCUGCUGAGUCGUGUUUCCCGUGCCAGAGACGCCGAUGAAGCGCUGGAGAUGAUCGCGGAGAGGUGGGAGAGAAGUGGUGGCGUUGUGGACACUGCCGAUUGCUGUUCCAUCAUAUCCGCCGCGCUUGAUCGGAACAAUGCCGACCUGGCCUUGUCGGUUUUCUACUCCAUGCGUUCUAGCUUCGAUCAAGUUGCUAGUGGAAGUAGUGCCCUCAUUGAGAGAUGGAAGUGGUCUAGGCCGGAUGUACGAGUCUACACUUCAUUAGUUAGGGGUCUUGCAGCGUCAUUGAGAGUUUCAGAAGCUCUUAGGAUGAUUGCUGAUGUAUGUAGAGUGGGAGUAUCCCCUGGCGAAGAGGUCCCUUUUGGUAAACUUGUGAGAUGUCCAAGUUGUAUGAUUGCUGUUGCUGUUGCACAACCUCAACAUGGCAUUCAGAUAGUAUCUUGUUCGAAGUGCCGCUACCAAUAUGAGCUUGUUUCUGGUGACAUAGCUAGUAUUGAGUCAGAGGAAAUCAGCAUGGAUGUUCCAGCAUGGAAAAGGGGGCUAGGAUUCCUGCAACUGCAAAUAAUGAAGGAAAGCAUUCCUGCUGCUGUUCACUCCAUUGUGGUCCAGACGCCUUCUGGAAUGGCACGUACACACAGAUUUGCCACUAAAACAGUUGAUCUCCCUGCCCAAGAAGGAGAAAGAGUUACCAUUGCUCUAGCAGCUCCAUCAAAUGUUUAUCGAGAGAUAGGUCCUUUUAAAGUUAGUCCAAAAGCACCCAACUUCUACCCUGGAGAGCCUAUGUGCCUAACAAACCACAAAGAUGGUCGGGAAUCACUACUAGUAAGAGCCCCCAGAAAAGAUGGAAGCUCAUCCUUACUUAAUCCCUCUAUUCUCUUUCCACUUCUUGUUGUGCUGGCCGCUGGAGAUGCUGCCUCUGGAAUUAUUGAUCCCAGUUUGCCUCAGUUCCUUUCAGUUGCUGCUGUUGGAUCUCUUGCUGUUGGAACUACUUUAAACACUCUAGUUUUCCCUCAAAUGAAUCGGCUUCCUCAGAGGACAGUGGAUACAAUCGCUAUCAAGCAGCAACUUUUAUCUCAGUAUGAUAUGCUUCAGUCUCGCAUCAAGGACCUCAAAGAAGCUGCUGAAAAAGAGGUGUGGAUGUUAGCUCGGAUGUGCCAAUUGGAGAACAAAAUUCUUGCUGUUGGAGAGCCUUCUUAUCGUGCUCGGAAAAGUAGAGUGAAGAAGGUGCGUGAAGGCUUGGAAAAUUCCCUCAAGGGGCGGAUUGAAUUGAUCGACAGUUACGCUAGAAUUUCUUCAAUGAUUGAGAUUGAAGUAGAAAUGGCUUCUGAUGUUCUUGCUGCCGAAUCAGCAAGCAAUGUGGAGAGUAUUGCUGAACAGAUACAGCAAAUCAUGGAGCUUGAAAAUCUUGAAGAGAGAUGGAGACAAGUAGCAGAGGCAAACGAUGAGGUGGAAAGGCUUCUUAGUUCUGAACUCAUUCCCACGGAGCAGGUGUAGACGUGUAAAUUUGGUAAUUUACUUGCACAGAGAAUCCCUUUUCACAUAGUUUGGCAUUACAAUAUUAGGCAGUGCAUGCCAAUUCCUUUUAUCCUUUGAUUUUUCUAAUCAUUGCUGUUCCCAGAGGACCGUUAAUUUCUCAUUAAAGAGGGUAAUGAGGGCUUCAAAAGUCAACGAGACAUGUCUCAUUUGAAGAUUGCCCUAGUGUAAACAAAGAAAGCUACCAUGUAAAUCAAACACAUUUUUGUUUUCGCGAGUAUUCAAGUGUUAAAAAGUGCCCAAGAAUUGCUUUUGAAGAAUCCCCAAAUGAAGUUGUAUUCUUGGUCUUGGCCUACUA